AUAACUUUUCACAUCGAAAUAAACAAGGUAUAAUUAGUAUAGAACAAUUUUCGGAAAUCACUUUGGUAGGCAUGUUGUUUUACUGAUCUAAAUUAGAAGUGGCGUUGCACUAACUGAAAGUAAGGUAUAUAUAGCCUUCAAGAUCGAAAGUGUUCCAUAUUUGUUCUUCAGUUUACACUAGACUUUGAGAUGCAGAUUUUUGUGAAGACAUUGACUGGUAAAACGAUCACUUUGGAAGUCGAACCGAGUGACACAAUUGAGAAUGUGAAGGCUAAGAUCCAAGAUAAAGAAGGAAUCCCACCCGAUCAACAGCGUCUGAUCUUUGCUGGGAAGCAGCUGGAAGAUGGUCGUACAUUGUCUGAUUACAAUAUCCAGAAAGAGUCCACUCUUCACUUGGUGUUGCGUCUUCGUGGUGGUAUGCAGAUUUUUGUGAAGACAUUGACUGGUAAAACGAUCACUUUGGAAGUCGAACCGAGUGACACCAUUGAGAAUGUGAAGGCUAAGAUUCAAGAUAAAGAAGGAAUCCCACCCGAUCAACAGCGUCUGAUCUUUGCUGGGAAGCAGCUGGAAGAUGGUCGUACAUUGUCUGAUUACAAUAUCCAGAAAGAGUCCACUCUUCACUUGGUGUUGCGUCUUCGUGGUGGUAUGCAGAUUUUUGUGAAGACAUUGACUGGUAAAACGAUCACUUUGGAAGUCGAACCGAGUGACACCAUUGAGAAUGUGAAGGCUAAGAUCCAAGAUAAAGAAGGAAUCCCACCCGAUCAACAGCGUCUGAUCUUUGCUGGGAAGCAGCUGGAAGAUGGUCGUACAUUGUCUGAUUACAAUAUCCAGAAAGAGUCCACUCUUCACUUGGUGUUGCGUCUUCGUGGUGGUAUGCAGAUUUUUGUGAAGACAUUGACUGGUAAAACGAUCACCUUGGAAGUCGAACCGAGUGACACCAUUGAGAAUGUGAAGGCUAAGAUUCAAGAUAAAGAAGGAAUCCCACCCGAUCAACAGCGUCUGAUCUUUGCUGGGAAGCAGCUGGAAGAUGGUCGUACAUUGUCUGAUUACAAUAUCCAGAAAGAGUCCACUCUUCACUUGGUGUUGCGUCUUCGUGGUGGUAUGCAGAUUUUUGUGAAGACAUUGACUGGUAAAACGAUCACUUUGGAAGUCGAACCGAGUGACACAAUUGAGAAUGUGAAGGCUAAGAUCCAAGAUAAAGAAGGAAUCCCACCCGAUCAACAGCGUCUGAUCUUUGCUGGGAAGCAGCUGGAAGAUGGUCGUACAUUGUCUGAUUACAAUAUCCAGAAAGAGUCCACUCUUCACUUGGUGUUGCGUCUUCGUGGUGGUAUGCAGAUUUUUGUGAAGACAUUGACUGGUAAAACGAUCACUUUGGAAGUCGAACCGAGUGACACAAUUGAGAAUGUGAAGGCUAAGAUCCAAGAUAAAGAAGGAAUCCCACCCGAUCAACAGCGUCUGAUCUUUGCUGGGAAGCAGCUGGAAGAUGGUCGUACAUUGUCUGAUUACAAUAUCCAGAAAGAGUCCACUCUUCACUUGGUGUUGCGUCUUCGUGGUGGUAUGCAGAUUUUUGUGAAGACAUUGACUGGUAAAACGAUCACCUUGGAAGUCGAACCGAGUGACACCAUUGAGAAUGUGAAGGCUAAGAUCCAAGAUAAAGAAGGAAUCCCACCCGAUCAACAGCGUCUGAUCUUUGCUGGGAAGCAGCUGGAAGAUGGUCGUACAUUGUCUGAUUACAAUAUCCAGAAAGAGUCCACUCUUCACUUGGUGUUGCGUCUUCGUGGAGUUCUCUAUUUGUUUUGUUCUUGAUUCUUCGUGUGCGUGUCUAGUGUAACUGUGACUCCUAAUCCAUGUAGAUUUGCUGGUGUUAUGCAAUUAAGCCUAUCGAGUUAUCUUAUGCCAGUUACCUAAAUUUAGUAAGUUUCGAUGUUCUGAUUUAAUUAGGGUGUAUCCAUAUUUCCGUCCUUGAUCUUACUGCGUUGGUCGCAUUGCUAACUUGUUUGUCGUGCGUUAUUGCCUGCCAGGACUCGUGUGCUGAAGUGUAUGUGCGGUCUUGUCAACUCGUAAUUAAUGUUUGUUACAAGUCUCGUGGAAAAGUUUACAUGCUCUAGAUUAGCUGAAUAUAUAUAUAUAUUCUCUUCAUGACUGUCCGGGUGACAUUUGAGGAGUCCAGACUACCUGGCUGAGGUCCGAGUAAUCGUUUUUAACAGUGGCUAGAGACUGGUUGACAUAUCUAAAAAUAGUUCGCAGUAGCCCGGGCGCGUUUAUGUCAUCUUCCCUUCGAAUCUAGGUCGAAGUUAUUAGUCUAUACUUUCCCAAGCUAUCUGCUAUGCUUGUUCCUUUUGUCACCAUUGCAGUUACUACUCCUGAUAACCUGGGUAUUGUUUUGAUAAUUUCGUCUUAUCAUGAGAAUGGGGCGUGAAUGGUGAAGAAAGCGCAGAAGGUUAAAGACACCGAGGACUGUGUGAGCUCAUCUUUUCAAUGAUAAUCGGCCAGACUUGACCGGUAUCUUUAGUGAAAACCAGUUUUCAAAUAAAUAUCUUAGUAAGUUUUGCGG